AUGGCAGAGGCAAUAGCAGUCGUCGGCAUCUUAGCCAGUUUCAUCCAACUAACAGAAUUCAGCAUCAAACUAGCCCAUCGAGUGCACUCUUUCACAUCCGCUACCAGCUCUGCACCUGACUCACUGCGUCAUGUUGCCGUCGAAUUGCCAGCCCUGUUAGAAGCGCUUAAAAACUCUGCUCAAGUGCUUUCCGCAGAGAACCUGACAGAAGAUGUAAGAUGUGCUUUGGAAGCACCAAUCAGGGAGUGUGCGGGUGAAAUAGAGGCGCUGAACAAGAUCCUACUCAAGGUGCUACCCGAUCCGGGGAACAGGAAGGGAAAGAGGAUUUGGAAGGGCGUUUGGAGUUUGAGGUAUGAUGCGAAGAUUAGGAAUAGGAUGGCGGUUGUGAGGGGGUAUGUGCAGACUUUGUCGUAUUAUCAUGUCACGAUUUUGUGCUCGAAGUCUACACCGGGUGAGUAGAAUGAGAAUGAGGGUUCUUGGGAUGAGAAAUAGCUGAUUUGUUAUAGUGAAAGCUUUGCCGAAACCGUUGCCGACGUCGACGGUUCCGUAUCAUCGUAAUGCAGAUUAUGUCGAUACAGGCACUCUCCGACAAGUGGGGGAGAAAUUGACCAUGCCUGCCUCUCGCCUGGCAUUGGUUGGUAUGGGUGGUAUUGGGUAAGCUUUUUCGCUUCGUAGAAAGCAUCCUUAUUAGAAUUUUGCUGACAAUGAAUACAGAAAAACUCAGCUGGCUCUUGAAUACGCCCACCUGAUCCGGGAGAAAUCCCCAAAGACAUGGGUGUUUUGGAUCAACACACUAACCCGAACUACAUUGGAAUAUGGGUGCCGUAAGAUCGCCGAAGCAACCAAACUUCCAGGUUGGGAUAACCCAAAAGCCAAUACACUGGAAUUGGCCAGAACCUGGCUCUACGAUGAGAGAAAUGGACCUUGGUUGCUCAUACUUGACGCCGCCGAUGACCACAGUAUUACUGGCCAACGACCAAUUGCAGAUUUUAUUCCUCAAUCUCCCAACGGUUCGGUUCUCGUUACUUCAAGGGAUCUGGGUAUUGCCAAUCAUCUAAAGUUCAAGGAUAAUGAGAUCAUCAACCUUGAACCGAUGAAUCAAGAAUCCGCCAGUUUACUCCUUUCCCGAUCACUAGGCUCCCAGCUAGAACCGCAGAGCGAAGUGGCGGCAGAUCUCGUGGAGAAGCUCGAAUACCUUCCUCUUGCAAUAACUCGUGCGGCCGCAUACCUCAGGCUUAACCAACGCAUAUCUCCUCAAAAAUACAUUGAAACUUUGGGUGAGGUAACCAAGCAAGCAAAUAUCAUGGCGGCUACUUGGACAGUUUCCUACGAACGAAUACAACAUGAACACCCCUCAGCCUGUCGCCUUUUUUCUCUCAUGACUGUUCUCAGUCGCCAGACCAUUCCGGAAUGCCUCCUUGAGGAAAAAUACGAAAAGUCUCUUGAAGAGCUCUCGACCUCUCGAGUUAAUAGCACGACGAAUAGUCGUUUGAAUGAGGACAAAUUUGACCAAGAUAUUUCAAUUUUAAUGGAGUACUCUCUCGUGGCCAUGAACAAGAAAGACGAAUUCGAAAUCCUUCAAGACGUACGCUCAGCAACGAAGCGAUUGCUAGAAGCUGGUAGCGAAUUCAAACAGCGGAACAUCAAAGCCAUCAACGAGAUCCAGGAGGACUUCCCCGGAAGCACGAAUAAGACGCACAGGCGGUGCAACGAAGCCGAAAGACUUGAUUUGAAUCCUCCGGAGCUCGUUGAAACAAUGAGGCUUGAACUGAAAGUUUUGGAGAAGAAGCUUUUGCUACUCGAGUACAUUUUGUUAUGUGUUGUUAUUUUAGGGUUUCUUUUUGUUAUGAGGUUGCUCAAUCCAUAGUUUCUUUUUGCCACUCGAUGGUUCUAAUCGGUUUAUAUAUAUCGAGAUUGGCCAUAGGCCCAGUGUCUAGACCUAUCUAGACCUCACAAUAAAAGCAUGUCUUCUCAUCUUUAGUCCGCCAUCCUACAGCUUUAGAACAACAGGUCUGAAUAAGACGGAAUACGCUCUUCAAAACACACAGCUUGCGCCGGGCUUUUGGGAAACGUGGAGUUUUAUUCUUGCGCUAGUCCCUUUGGGGACAUGACUUGUGAUCGCACAGCCAUUGAGAGGGACUGCGGACGUUGGGUAUCUGUUCGUAGCGCGUUGGAUUUAGUGAUGGGAUUUGGUAAUGGAAACUUGAGGCGGGGAAGAAGCUCUGCCAUGCACCUAUGAGAAGAUCUUGUGCUAGUGUUUCUGCAAUACUGGUAUAUAAAACCAAUAUGCUAAGGUAAGUAAGUAGCUUCGUAUGAAGUUUAAUCAAAGUCAAUUACCCCAAAAUGCUCGCGUGGUGUAACCGAUUCGAUUAUGCCUUGGAUCAUAUUGUCCUCUGUUGGUGCAAGCAGAGCAGAGCAGAGCAAUGGCCAGAUCUCUCACAGUCCUAUGGUCUGUGUUUAUUGUUUCCUUCAUCGGAUUGGGUCAUAGAGAGAUGACUGCAAACAGAGUCGAAGAGUAGAAAACACUCGAGAUUUAGCGGUGAUGGCACCUCGUACGUACGGCGUUGACUAGGGGAUGUUUUCGCUGGCGCGCAUUAACAGACGCGUGCAGAAUGCGCUAGACUUUUCGUGAUGCUACCUGCAUACUGGACUGGGUCCCGUUCGAAGGUGACAAUAGAGAUGUUCAGUCCAGUCCAGUCUAGCCGAUCGACCGACUCCUCUCUCUCAGACAGUUGUAAUAGUGGUAGAUAUAUGGGCUUUGCGCGUUGAUGAAUGCAGUUGGGCUCUGUGACGUUGGUAGUUUGGGAGGAGAUCUGAAUCAGGCCUCCAAGCUUCUGGAAUGCCGUGAAGACUUCGCUGGGUGCUUAGUAAGCACAUAUAAGCUUUAUAUGAUUAGUCAGCAAGCCGUUAGACGAAACUUUCUCGCUCUGCCAACCACUCACGGCAGCUGCAUUAGGCCACAACUGAAAUAGCCAUUGGCCACCCCUGAUCUUCCAAACUUCCCGGCUAAAGCAGGCUCGCAGGCGAGGACGCUAGCGCAAGGUGAGGCACUGAGGCCGGUAUGACCGCCACAAAAAUCUUCAUCCCCCCCACCACUUCCACUUCCACUUCCACUCGCUGCCAACAAAUCCCAAAUCCCCAUCCACCGCCUUUCACAGCUUCAACACCACGAAGCAGAAUAAAUUGUCGCCAGCUACACCCACGUGUUCCUGCGACUCACACUCUACUCAAUCCAUCUCGGUACGUUCACAUCUUCCCGUGGUCUUUGGUCGACUGGUGCAAGCUAGCGAGAGCGAGAGCCAGAGGGGGAAACCUGCCCGCUGUCCGCUUCGCCCUCGCCCAAGCUUGGCUCCGCCUGUUUACCUGGAGUGCGCGAAUCAUAGAUAGAACACCCAGCAGCUAACCACUCAUUUGCAGGUCAUCUACGAUCGUCUUCAAAUACAUCACCAAAGCCUUUGAUCCUUCAAAGGCAACCUACAUUCACCACGGCUCCCGCGGCCGCAAGUCUAGUUUCUGAUCAAGAUUACUCGCUACGACCCAACCGACACAUCCUCAACACUCGCCCUCCUCCUUCUGUUGCAGUCAACUAGGCAGCUUGAGCGCACUCUGUUCGACUCAACCCCCAAUAUCCCCAUUCCGUCCCAAACUCCUCAGCUGCCGCAUAGGACGGGUUUAGAGGUUCUUCCUCUCGCAGAGGAAGAGUCGAGCCGACCUCGUCAGAUCAGUUCAGGAUCUGAUCGAUAUAGACCUCCCUAAUACAACCUCAGAGUAUCAAAAAGUAAGCUUCCACUGCCCUGUCCAAUGCGUGUUUGUAUACAAUGUGCUAAUCUUUCCGCCAGACCAAUCAACUUUUUAUAUCCCUUGAAUCUUUUCGAGGAUAUGUCACCUUCCGCCAUCGAAACCCUUGUCCAAACACCAAGUCUUACAAGUCUUGAAUCAUACUUCGAGAAAUCGACAUGUUCUUAUCUUGAACUCAAUGGCGCGAACACACCAAAACAACUCAUCGGAAAUGCUCUGAAGGAGAGAGUCAAUACUAUCGAUCAUGAGUCCUGCGAGGCCGGCGACGAAGAUACUUUCUUCGUAGCUGAUCUCGGCGAGGUCUAUAGGCAACACAUGAGAUGGAAGAAGAACUUGCCUAGAGUCAAGCCAUUUUACGGUAUGUACUGGUGGUACUUUCAUAAAAUCACCUAUGCUAACCUAUUUAUAGCUGUGAAAUGUAACCCAGACCCCCAAGUAAUCCGACUUUUAGCAGAGCUCGGUACCGGUUUUGAUUGUGCUUCAAAAGCCGAGAUUGAACAAGUUCUCAAGGCCGGGGUCGAGCCCAACCGUAUCAUUUAUGCCCAACCAUGCAAGACAAACUCUUAUGUUCGUUACGCUGCUGCCCAAGGGGUAAAACAGAUGACAUUCGACAAUACCGAUGAGCUCUACAAGAUCAAAAAGCUAUUCCCCGGAGCCGAGUUGUUCCUCCGGAUUUCAACCGAUGAUUCCUCAAGCUUGUGCCAACUGAGCCUUAAAUUCGGGGCUGCCAUGGACACAACUGACAACCUUCUUGCUCUAGCAAAGGAAUUGGAGCUCAAUGUCGUAGGCGUUAGUUUCCAUGUUGGAUCUGGAGCUUCUGACCCAGGCGCAUUCAUCAAGGCAGUUCAAGAUGCUCGCUGUGUUUUCGACCAAGCCGAAACUCGCGGAUUUUCAUUCCAUACACUUGAUGUUGGUGGUGGAUUUUCUAGCGAAACCUUUGAUGAAAUGGCCGCUGUUUUGAGCUCAGCAUUGGACGAAUACAUGCCUUCCAAUAUCCAAGUUAUUGGAGAGCCUGGACGUUACUAUGUCGCGUCAGCGUUCACUCUGGCUUGCCAUGUCAUCGCUCGUCGCACUAUCAAGAACCCAGCAAACGGCGGGGAUAGCUACAUGCUCUACAUGAACGACGGACUCUACGGCAACUUUUCCAGCAUCAUGUUUGACCACCAGAAUCCAGUUGCACAAAUCUUGCGUGUCAAUGGCCGCUCUUGCUACGAUACCAUUGCCUCACAAGCUUGUUCUGACGGGAUUGAAUACUCCAUCUGGGGUCCAACCUGUGAUGGAAUCGACCAAAUUUCCAAGAGCAUUCGUUUCAACCAAAUCUUGGAUGUGGGUGAUUGGCUUUACUUUGAGGAGAUGGGCGCAUAUACCAAGUGCUCUGCCACUCGAUUCAACGGAUUCAGUGACUCUCACGAUGUCAUUUAUGUUGCUAGUGAGCCUGGAGCCAAGGCCUUGUUGGGGAUGAACUGAUAGCAUUGCUAUGCAUUUUUUCGUGGUAAUUUGAUGAGCAGUCUUGCCAAAGCGUGGAAGAAUGGCUUGAAAAACAAAAUGGUGUGAAGGACGAAGCAUCAAAAAAGCUACCCAGAGCGACGGAGUUUAUGGGUGA